AAGGCCGGGGGCUCUGGAAGCAAGAGCACCCAAAUUCACCUUGUCUGCUUCAGUCGACUCUCUUUUCUGAAUCCCACCCGCGCUGAAAAUCAAGGCAGGCACGCAUUGGCAACUUGGCAACUAAGCCCGCGCGGACGCACGCCGCCGCCUUUCUUUCACGCGAAACACCUCUCGUCGCCGUCCCCGAAUCCGCGAUCCGCGGCCAUGGAUCAGCUGGCGGCGGUGCUGCAGCAGCUGCUGCUGGCGGACAACGAGUCGCGCAAGGCGGCGGAGGCGGCGUUCAAGCAGCAGUCCAAGGACCCCGCCGUGCUGCUCGCGCUGCUGCACUUCCUCAAGGCGGGCCCCGCGCCCGACGUGCGCCAGCUGGCGGCCGUGCUCAUGCGCAAGAAGGUGGCGGGGCUGUGGGCGCAGCAGUCCGCGGAGGCCAAGGCCAGCAUCAAGUCCGCGCUCCUCGAGAGCAUCGCGCUCGAGCCCAGCCCCGUGGUGCGUCGCGCGAGUGCCGACGUGGCGAGCGUGAUCGCGAAGCACAGCGUGCCGAAUGGCGAGUGGCCGGAGCUGCUGCCGUUCCUGCUGCAGUGCUCGCAGGGGCAGCAGGAGGACCACCGCGAGCUGGCGUUCAUUCUGUUCGCGGCGCUGGUCGAGACGAUCGGCGACGUGCUGCGGCCGCACUUCCCCGCGCUGCACGGCAUCUUCGUCGCCGGCCUGCGCGACCAGGCUAGCGCCCGCGUGCGCGUCGCCGCGCUCAAGGCCGUGGCGGCGCUGGUGGAGUACCUGGACAGCGAGCAGGACGUGGCGCUGAUGCGCGACCUAGUGGCGCCAAUGCUGGACGUGGGGCGGUUUUCAGCGGGCAGCGGCGACGAGGCGACGGUGGUGCGCGUGUGCGAGAUCGUGACGGAGCUGUCGGAGCACCCCGCGCCCGUCAUCGCGCCCUCGCUCCCCGCCGUCGUGCAGUUCGCGCUCGAGCUCGCCUCCAACACGCACCUCGAACCCGCCACGCGCUUCCAGGCGGCCCAGGUGGUGGCGUGGUGCGCGGCGUGGAAGGCCAAGUGGUUGGCGAAGCAGAAGCUCAUCCCCGUCAUUCUCGCCGCCAUGGCGCCGCUGCUGGCCGAGCCCUGCGGCGCCACGGACUCGGAGCAGGACGAGGAGUACGAGCUCUCGCCCAUGCGCUUCGCCGCCCAGGCCAUAGACGCGGUGGCCAUGGAGGCGCCCCGCAAGCACGUGUUUCCGCCCGUGCUGGCGUUUGCACGCGCGCACAUCACGGACCCCAGCCACCACAUGCGCUACGCCGCUGUCAUGGCCAUGGCCGUCAUCACUGAGGGGUGCUGUGAGGCGGUGCGGGGGCGACUGGAGUCGGACGUGCUGCCGCUGGUGGUGGCGGGGCUGGGCGAUGCGCACCCCAAGGUGCGGGGGGCGGCGUGCUUCGCCGUGGGGCAGCUCGCGGAGUUCGUGCAGCCCGAGGCCUCCGAGCACUACAAGACCAUCCUGCCCGCUGUCUUCGCCGCCCUCAACGACGCCGAUCCCGUGGUCAGGGAGAAGGCGUACUACGCGCUAGCAGCGUUCUGCGAGCACAUGGGCGACGAGAUCCUGGAGUUCCUGGACCCGCUCAUGCGCCAGCUCAUGGACGCCCUGCGCUCGCCCGACCGCAACCUGCAGGAGAUGUGCAUCUCCGCCAUAGGGUCAGCAGCAGCGGCGGCGGGUCCCAAGUUCGCGCCAUAUACGGAUGCGGUGCUGGCGGCGCUCAUCCCCCUCGUCUCGCUGACGGCGGAGGCGGACGUGGACGUGCGCGCGCGGUCGUACGAGCUGGUGGGCAUCAUCGGCAUCGCCGUGGGGCGGCAGGCCGUGCAGGCCGUGCUGCCGGGCUUCAUGGACGCCGCGCUCAAGGGCUUUCAGCUGGACCAGAGCGCGCUGAGGGAGUACGCGCACAGCUUCUUCAGCGACGUCGCCAAGUUCCUUGAGGCCGACUUCGCCCCGUUCCUCCCCCACGUCGUGCCGCUCGCCUUCUCCUCCUGCCGUCUGGACGACGGCAUUGUUGUCGGCCCACACGACGCGGACGAGGCAGCCGACGCGGAGGGCGGCGGGCGGCAGCAGCUAGCGGCGGCACUGGCCGGGGGGGAGAUAUCGUCGGACUCGGAGGACGAGGAGGAGGGCGCGACGCUGCGGGGGCUGAGGGGCAUCAGCGUGCGCACCGCCGUGCUGGACGAGAAGGCGGCCGCCGCACAGGCCAUCGGCGCAUAUGCGCAGUACACAAAGGCCGCGUUCGGAGCGUACGUGCAGGAGGCGGUGAGUGUGCUCAAGGACGCCGCCGACUACGCCCACGAGGACGUGCGCCUGCAGGCCACGCUCUCCCUGCAACACCUGGUGACUGCGGCGCUGCAAGCCUUCCCAUCCGCCCCGGGCCAGCCCAUCAGUGCGGAGGCGAAGCAUGUCUUUGACGCGGCGAUGGAGGUGUGGAUGGGGGCGAUGCGCGACGAGGAGGAGCGUGCAGUGGUGGGGCAGGCCUUCACGUGCGCCGCGGACACCAUCAAGGCGCUGCUGGCUGCUGACGCCGCCAACCAUGCGCUCAUGACGCCUUACGCGGAGCCGCUGGUAGCGGCGGUGCGAGCGGCCCUGAGGGACGAGCUGGCGUGCCAGCGGGCAGCGAGUGAUGCGGAGGCGGGCGGCGAGGGGGCGGCGGGGCUGACGGAGGCGGCGGAGGAGGAGGAGGAAGAGGAGGAGCACGACGAGGACCUCAUGGACGCCGCCGUCGACCUCCUGCCCGCCGUCGCCAGGGCUGUGGGCGCUGCCGCUUUCGCCCCGGUGUUCCACUCGCUGCUGCCCGACAUCCUCACCUUCACGAAAGCCUCCCGCCCGCCCAACGAUCGCAGCAUGGCGGUGGGGUGCAUUGCUGACGUGGCAGGGGAGAUGGGGGAAGCCAUGGCGCCGUAUGUGGAUACGCUGCUGCCCGUGCUGGCUUCGGAGCUGAGGGGCGGAGACCCCCCCAACCGCCGCAACGCAGCCUUUGCUACCGGCAAAUUGGCUGAGGUGGCUGGCGCUGGCAUGCACAGGCACUACGCGGACCUGCUGGUGGCGCUGCACCCGCUCUUCUCGGCGGAGGAGGACGACGACGUGCGCGACAACGCUGCUGGUGCUGUCGCACGCAUGAUCGCUGCUGGCAGUGCUGCCAUGCCUCUCGACCAGGUGCUGCCGGUGCUGGUGGCCGCGCUGCCCCUCAAGUCCGACCUGGAGGAGGCCAAGCCCGUCUAUGGCUGCCUCGUGGCGCUUGUUGCCGCCUCGCACCCGCAGAUCCUACCAGUGGUGCCGCAGCUGGUGCCCAUAUUCGCUGAGGUGGCGGUCAACGAUAAGAUCCCACCGGAAGUGCGCCUCUCCGUGGGCCAAGCCUGCUCUCAGCUCGCCCAGGCCUUUGCAGAUCAAAUGCAGCCGCUCCUUGCGGCGCUUCCCAGUGAUCGCGCCACUGCCCUUUCCUUAUGUAUGGCCGGCACCUUGCCCCCUGCAUCUGGUUAGUAGAGGUUGCAGGACACAAACGUAGGAUAUAGGAGUUAUAUGUAGUUAUUUGUAGGUAUUAGUGAGUUUGCUAAGUAGUUCAGCAUUAGGAAGGUAGGAAAUGCUUGCUUAUGAAAGAAAGAUGUUAUAGGUGUAUGUCUAGAUUGUGUAUGCCUUGAAACUCUUGA